CUUUAUCAUCACUUGACAGUUGAGACUAAAACAUUUUAAGCUGUGAUUAAGAAGAAUGUCGAGCCAAAGUACCUCUCAGACUAUUGCACACCAGGCUGGUGAAAUGACUGGACAAGCUCAGAUAAAGAGGGAUGAGAUCAUGAAUCAGGCAUCCCACGGCCAGGCCACCAACUCCCAGUCUUCUGAUCAGAACCCCACUUAUACUUCACAGGCCACUAACUUCCUUCAGCAGACAGGAGAGCAAAUGAAGCACAUGGCACAAGGAGCAGCUGAUGCAGUAAAGAACACUUUGGGAAUGAACAGUGCUGACAAUGAUUCCAAUGCCCCCAACCCUAACCCCACAGCCAACCCCAGCACCAACCAUCCAAGCAACCCAUCUCCCAGGAAUUGA